UACAGUGAAUGGGCAUUACCUGCAGGAGAGUGGUACGGAUUGAUGGAAUGUUUCCUUGGGAGAACGCCACGUAAUAUUUGCCGUUCUACUUGCAUAGAAGAGAACGACCUGCACUGUGCCGCGGAGAACGAGCAGCAACUGCAUAAGGAGAGAUUGAACAAACAAAAGACCCAGCCACUUGCUUCCACUGCACCAGAAUAUGUGGAUUCCCCAGUCUGCCUCUACAGCCACCUGAGGACUCACCGGUAGAAAUCCUACCGGAAUUAAGUGAUCGCACUAACUCUCCGACUAGAAGUGGGUCAGGCGAUAUGACACCAGGCUGUGAAGAUGGUAGUGAGGGCCGAGAGAAUGGGGCAGAUGAAGCCUACGAAACCGUAAACACGUCGACUAUCUCUGAUGACAGCAUUCGUUUCUACGUCAACAUGAAUGUUGAACUGGAGCCAAAUGCAGAUGAAAAUGACAAUGCUGGAUGCGUCUUGCUACAUACAUCCAGAAAAUACCUGAAGUUGAAGAACUUUGAGGAAGAAGUGCGAGCGCACAAGGACCUGGACGAUUUCCUCGCAAAGGCUGGAAUCUUGCUGGACAUGUCAACCCUGUCGCUCGACGAUGUUCUCCAAGAGAUGCUCAAGCACAUUAUGAAGGAAUCUGAUAACAUGGAACCCAGCUGCAACCUGGAAGAAGUGAUGGGCAGUUUAUUCACUGAUUCAAGCACUUCUGAGGACGGCAAUGCAAAUGUGCACCUCCUAUCAGACACCAUUCAAGGAGUUUCUUCUACCACAACGGGUGUUCAGUACCAGCAGUCCUGGCUCUGUCUUCUGUGCACUGUCACAACGCUCCAGAGACGUCAUGUGUGUAUAAGCCGACUAGAGAGGCCUCAGAACUGGGGGGAGAAUUGCUGUGAAGUGCGUUACGUUAUUCUGAUCCUGGUGCCAGCCAAAAUGAAAAGCACAAAGACCGCCAUUGAAGUUGGAAGGACCUUUGCCACGAUGUUUGCUGACAUGAACUUCCGUCAGAAACUCUCAGAAGCUAAAACAAAAGAGGAGUUUAAAGAGACUCUAAUUCUUCAGCGACACCUUCUGACUGUGAUCCAUAGGGAGCCAAGUGAUAAAGAGGAUUCAAAGGAGAAGCAAAAUGAGCGAUCUCAGGCUUUUCGCCUAGGGAAGGGAAUGAUGGAUGACCUAAGGCGCAGGCUGCCUUUCUAUCUCUCCGAUUACACCGAUGGUAUUCUUGGAAGCAACAAGUCCAUCAGAAAGUACAUCACUACCAUCUUGUUUCUCUAUUGCAUCUGCCUACUGCCAACGAUAGCUUUUGGGUCUUUAAAUGCUGAAAACACGAGAGGGUCAAUUGAUGUGCAGAAAACCAUACUUGCCCAGUGCAUUGGAGGAGUGGCCUAUGCUGUAUUCGCUGGCCAGCCAAUGGGUAUAGUGUUAACAACUGCACCCCUGGCCUUGUACAUACACGUAAUCCAGGGCAUCUGUGAUGACUACAAUCUGAAUUUCUUUGCUUUUUAUGCCUGUGUUGGCCUGUGGAAUAGUUUCUUUUGUAUCAUCUAUGGUGUUGGUAACUUAAGUUCAUUGAAGAAGUUUUUCAAAAGAUCGACAGAUGAGAUCCUAGCCGUCUUCAUAUCCAUUGCAUUUGUGGUGGACGCUUGUAAAGGCUUGGCCAAAAUUUUUCAGGAUAAUUACUUCUGCCAUAACAUCCCUGGAGAGAAUGGAACACUUGGUUUCAAGUUUAAUGCCAACCAUUCACUCAAUACGACAGACCCUGACUCUGGGGCUCACCCCUGUGGCCGGGACAGUGCUGUCCUAAGUCUCUUCCUGAUGCUCGGUACCCUGUGGCUGGGGUAUACCUUGUUCCAGUUCAAGAAGAGCCCUUUCCUGCAUGCCCGGGUCCGAGAAACUCUAUCAGAUUGUGCCUUGCCAAUAUCGGUGUUGGUAUUUUCAUUUGUGGGAUCAUACCUUUUUAGAGAUAUCAAGGUUGCCUCAUUUAGUUAUAAUCCAAAUGAAGGCUUGUUCAAUCUGGCCCCAUUUCACCUUCUCUCUGUUGGAGCAAUAUUCGGUGGAAUGGGAUUGGGCUUCCUUCUCUCCAUGCUGUUUUACUUGGAACAGAACAUUGUGAUGUCAUUAACGAAUGCUCCUCAGAACAGAUUAAUGAAAGGCACGGGCUAUCACUGGGACAUCUUCCUUGUGGGCAUUGUUAACAUUGCGUUGUCCAUCUUUGGGUUGCCAUGGGUACACUCGGCAUUCCCUCAUUCGCCUUUGCAUGUCCGCGCUUUGGCCUUUGUGGAGCAGCGAGUGGAGAAUGGUCAUCUCUAUGAGAUCAUUGUUCGAGUAAGGGAGACCCGAGUGGCGGCGCUUGUGGCCCACGUACUGGUGGGGAUCUCGCUCCUGCUGCUGCCCGUUCCCCUCCAGUGGAUUCCAAAGCCUGUCUUGUAUGGGCUCUUCCUCUACGUUUCCCUGACCUCCAUCGAUGGCUGCCAGUUUUUUGAGAGAUUGGCUCUUCUAUUUAAAGAACAGACUUCCUAUCCACCCACACACUACAUCCGGAGGGUCCCACAGAGGAAGAUCCAUUUCUUUACCGGCCUCCAGCUAAUCGAGAUUGCCAUCCUCUGCGGCUUUGGAAUGGCCCCGAUACCGUACCUGAAGAUGGUCUUCCCGCCCAUCAUGCUGGCGAUGGUCCCCGUCAGGUGCCUCGUUCUUCCCAAGAUAAUUGAAGCUAAGUAUUUGGACGCCAUGGACGCAGAGCAUUAAGGGUCAGCAGAGGCUGGGCUUUGGACCUUGGGAGCUCGAGAUAAUGGGACUUACCUAGAGCAGAGUCGUUUGUAUUGUUUGCUGCUGAAGCUCAGGGUCGGGCCGAAGUCUUAGUGCACUGAACGAAGAAAGUGACUGGCCACGGCUGUCAUCUUUAUUGGGCCCCUAUAAUUAAAGGAGCCGCUUCCUAUGCUCCCUUCCCUUCUAAAUUUUUUUGCACCACACUUUGGAAAUUUCUUCGGAUGAGAUUGCACAAUAGAGAUAUGGCAAGGAGUGAUGGGAUUGACAGUUGAUGGAAAGGACCUUGCACAGUUUGCAUCUGUCCUGAAUCAUCCUCACUCUCCCAUUUACUGUCCCAUAGCUCGGGUAAUUAUAGGACUGGUAUUUCCAUUUAUAACCUUAAAAAAAAACUGCUGGGGCUUUCGCAACUGGCGUCUUUGGUACCAUCUGAAAAAGUGGUGGACCUGCAGGGGCAGGGAUGCUCCCUGAGAUGGUGUGGCUCCGUCCAUGUCAUAGCACUAGUCGCCUGGCAGGGAUGUCAUCUUCACCUUGGUGGUUUUGUUGCCUCCUCCUGGUGCCUUUCUGGUUAAUGCUUCUUUAAAGAUGAGAGUCGCAGGUUUGGGAGCCAUCACUUUUGUGGCUGUGGAUUGGCAGUGGCAGAAAGGGGGGGCUUGGAAGCCGGUGUGUGGCGGACUGUCAUGCCCAGUCAGGGGAAGACCGUGCAUUUCACCUACCCUGCUGAACAGGAGGAUUCUUGUCCCUCAUCCUGGUGAAAGCCAUAAACCAAAUCCUGGAGAAGCUGAUCCUCCUUCACUGCAUGCACACGUGUGUGUGUGUGUGUGUGUGUGUGUGUGUGUGUGUGUGUGUAUUUCUCCCUCUCGUUCACGGUCCCUUCCUUUGGCUUGCUCUGGCUCUCGUUCUCCCUCUCUGUCUCUGUACUGUAUGCAUCAUCCAUGGCUGCAGAGUUGUAAAUGGGUUGUACAUGUAAAUGGUUCGUUUCUACCACAGUGCGAUAACUCAAAGCUUGUCUGAUACUGUAAUAUAUCAUCAUGACACGGAUUAUUAGUUUGUUGAUGUCUGAUUCAUAUUGCCAUUGGUGAAAAAAUUAAAAUACUGGAAAUGUUUUCUAAAGUAUC